AUGAAUCAUUAUAUUGGUGUUGAUGUGGGUACUGGUUCAGUUAGAGCCUGUGUCAUUAAUGAUAAAGGGGAAAUUUUAUCCCUUAGAUCAAAGGAUAUUACUAAAGAAGAGUUGAAACCUAAUUAUAUCACUCAAUCAUCUAGGGAAAUUUGGCAAUGCAUUUGUGAGUGUGUGAAUUAUGUUUUACAAGAGUCGCAGAUAAUUCCUAGUUCUGUUUUGGGAAUUGGUUUUGAUGCAACUUGUUCCUUGGUUGUGAUCGAUAAGGAAACCCAACAAGAAGUAGGUGUUGGCCCUAAUUUUGAAGAUGACAACAGGAAUAUCAUUUUAUGGAUGGAUCAUAGGGCUGUCAAAGAGACUGAUGAAAUCAAUGCCACUGGUGAUAAAUGUCUAAAGUACGUUGGUGGUAAAAUGUCGGUAGAAAUGGAGCUUCCAAAGAUAAAAUGGUUGAAGAACAACUUAGCUGAUGGUGUAUUCAGCAAUUGUAAGUUCUUUGAUUUGGUAGAUUAUUUGACUUACAAAGCUACUGAUAAGGAUGUUCGAUCUUUUUCAUCCACAGUUUGUAAACAAGGUUUAUUACCAUUGGGGGUUGAAGGUUCGGACAUAGGCUGGUCCAAGGAAUUCUUCACAAAGAUUGAUCUCGAUGAGCUUUCAAGUGAUAAUUUUAGUGCAAUUGGUGGAAGUAUUCAUUCCGAGCAACUAGAAAAUAAUAUUCGUAGCGUAGGUGAAUAUGUGGGUCAUUUGAGUGAAAUAUCUGCUAAGGAAUUAGGUCUGCCAACAACCUGCAUUGUUGGAUCGGGGAUCAUUGAUGCUUAUGCAGGUUGGGUCGGAACAGUAGCGGCUAAAGUUGAAGAAAUAGGUACCAUCAACAACGAUGACGAUGCUAGUUCUAAAUUGGAUAGUUCCAUUGGAAAUUUAGCAGUGAUUGCCGGUACUUCUACGUGCCAUAUUACUCUAUCAUCAAAGCCGAUUUUCGUUAAUGGAAUCUGGGGACCAUAUAGAGAUGUAUUAUCUCAUAAUUUUUGGUGUGCUGAAGGUGGACAAAGUUGUACAGGUGCUCUUCUUGAACAUAUAUUGACCACACAUCCAGCUUAUCCAGAGUUGCAUGAACAGUGUGAGAAACACUCUGUUGGGUCCUUUGAAUUUUUGAAUAAUAGGCUAGCAGAGUUGCAAAAGGAGAAUAGUGCUAGAUCUAUCAUAUCUUUGGGUAAACAUUUUUUUCUAUAUGGAGACUAUCAUGGUAAUAGGUCACCAAUAUCUGAUGAGUCGAUGAGAGCUGCAAUUAUAGGACAAUCGAUGGAUACCUCCAUAGAUAGUUUAGCAAUUAUGUAUUUAAGUGCAUGUGAAUUUAUUUCACAACAAUCAAGACAAAUAAUAUCAGAACUUGUCAAAGCAGGCCAUACCAUCAAGAAGAUAUAUAUGUCUGGUGGACAAGCAAGAAACCAACUGUUGAUGAGACUGUUGGCAGACUGUACUGGCCUUCCAGUUGUGAUUCCAAGAUAUAUUGAUGCGUCAGUAAUAUUUGGUUCGGCAAUAUUGGGUGCAGUUGCAGUUGAUGCAUAUAAUAUAAAGCAUCUUGAUGGUAAUAAGAAUUGGGAUCACGGUAAAACAUUAUGGAACAAAAUGUGUAAAUUGACACCACCUGGAACUGUGAUAAACCCGAAUGCUGUCAAUCAUCCAGAUCGUGUAUUACUUAAUGCAAAAUACAAGAUAUUCCUUGAUAUGGCAGAAACUCAACGGAAAUAUAGAAGACAAAUUGAUGAAAUCGAAGCGUCAUUUAAUGAGUAA